CUAAACUGACCAGCUGCGGUUUGCUGUUUGUCAUCUGCUCGUGUUAAGUUUAAUUUUUCGUCAGAAAAACUUGAGUUUAUCAAAUAAAUUAAGAUAAUUUGGUCAUGGCACACCUGCGAGAAACUUCGGAUAAGGCGCUAAAGUUAUUGCGCACUUUGCCGCGCGUGCAGAUUGGCAAUUUGCGACCAAAUCCAAACUCAAAACAGAAUGACAAGCGUGGCAGGGCGCAGCACGGCGGAGACAAGCACGGAGCGGGCAACAAGGGAUCCGGACAGCGGCAGAAUUUCAUGCGGCUGGGUUAUGAGACAGGGAAUCAGCCCUUCUACUUGAGAUUCCCCUAUGAGCCUUACUACAAGGGACACCACAUGAAGCGCCAGUAUCCGCCUAUUUCACUGCUGCAGCUGCAGGUGCUCAUAGACACCAACAGGAUAGACAUCAGCCAGCCCAUCGACAUCAGUACACUGUGCAAUUCUGGUCUCUUGAAUCUGAAACCCGCUGAAAUGGAAUACGGAUUCCAGCUCACGGAUGAUGGACUGGACAAUUUCCAGGCCAAGAUCAACAUUGAGGUGCAACAUGCCAGCGAAGCAGUCAUAGCAGCUAUCGAAAAAAACGGCGGAGUGAUCCGUACCGCCUACUAUGACCCUCGCAGCCUGCACAUGCUGUCGAAUCCUAAGAAGUGGUUCCAAAAGGGAGUGCCUAUUCCCAGCCGGAUGCUGCCUCCUCAGGACGCCGUGGACUACUACACGAAUCCCAAAAAUCGCGGUUACUUAGCCAACCCCGAGGAAAUCAGCCAAGACAGGCUGGUGCUGGCCCAGAAGUACGGCUAUCAGUUACCCAAAAUUGAAGAAGAUUCCGCCUUCGAAAUGCUUAACACCGCCAAGGAUCCCAGGCAAAUAUUUUAUGGCCUUGAACCUGGCUGGCUCAUCAACAUAGUGGACAAAACAAUAAUCAAGCGCAAGCAAUAGUUAGUUGGAGUUGUUACUAUGCAUUUUGUUAAAUAAAGAAGUGGAUUACAAAAA